AUGCCGAAUUUUGCUGGAACAUGGAUGCAUGUAAAAAGUGAGAAUUUUAGCGAGUACCUGAAAGCAAAUGGUUUGAACUUCUUGCUUGCAAGCAUGAUGUCGAAAGCCUCGCCAACACUAGAGAUUCACCAAACCGGAGAUGAAUUUGUGAUCAGAACUAUAACGACCAUGAAAACAAGAGAACAGCAAUUUACAGUUGGACAGGCGUUUGAAGAGGUUCACUGGAGUGGAGGAACAAAACAGUCAAUUGCUAUUUUUGAAGGCGAUAAGCUCGUGAUCAAAUCAGUUGUUGACCCGGAAAACAACCCAGUCAUCGAGCGUGAGUUGAUUGGAGAGGAUGAAACUGAACUAAUGAUGACAUUGCGGAAGGGCGAUGUUGUGGCGAAAAGAUAUUUCAAGAAAAGGGACUGA